AUGGCGCAAGUCACGGCUGCAAAAAUUUACUCAGCAGUGAUAUUGAACAGAAUCGAUGGUUACCUUGAUUCACGACUACAUCAUUCGCAGUGUGGUUUCCGGAAAUCUCGAUCUUCGACCGAGGUUAUACAUGCAACGAACAUCUUGCGUGAUGGUUGUUUGGCACAUGGUGAGUCCUUAUGUCUACUCGCGGCGGACUGGGAGAAAGCAUUCGACAGACUUGACCGCCGGUAUAUGAUCGAUUGUUUACGGGCAGCAGGUCUUCAUCCAAAGUACUUGCGUAUCAUAUAUCAGAGUUAUGAAGAUGCAGUAGCGUCCCUCACUCUCAACGGUGACGAAUGCGAAAUAAAGCUGUGCUCUGGGGUCAAACAAGGAGACGUGUGGAGCCCGAUCAUCUUUGUUACAUCUCUGGACCGAAUACUGCGCGAAAGUAUCUUAUCCGCUGGCUAUGGCUUCAGGCUGACAGAGGAGAACUACUACAACCGCCGAUACACUCGCUUCGCAGUGAGAUCAGGUAUACUGCAAGAGCCAAUCGGAUGUCUAUGUUUUGCGGACGAUGUCACUAUACCAUCUAAGACUAUCGAAGAAAGCGAAAAAGCUCUUAGGGUAUUAGAGACCGAAGCACGCCCCGCUAGGCUCACGCUCGGGAUUGGGAAACCCAAUUGCAAAACUAAGAGACUCCUUAUAAACUGCGUUCAACAGGCAAACGCCUCUGAUCGAGUGGAGGUAGUGAAGAAGUUUCGUCAACUGGGAAUCUUGGUAACAAAUACGCCUGGCUAUCGUGGAGCAGUGAAAGACAGAAUACGGAUUGCCGGUGCAUCUUUGCAUAAGCUCCGUGGUAUAUGGAAAUCCCACGAUAUCGGACUCGAGGGGAAAAUGAUAAUUAUGAGAUCUGUAGUCUUUGCUUCCCUCUUCUACGGAUCGGAGGCACUAGCGAUCAACAAAGAAGAAGAGCAGAU